AUGUCUCAACUGUGCUACCGGGGGUUUUGUGGAAGUCGAAAUAAGAGAUCACUCAUUUUGGGGCGGGCUUACUACUUAGAUUCUUUCAGUAGUGUUCUGUUUCGCACCUGGCUACCCGGCUUUUACCCUGGGCACGAUAGCUGUUACACUCGAUGUGUCCUUUCUUCUUAA